CUAGUCUAAUAUUAUUUACUGUCAUCAUGGCAAAGAUAAAAUAAAUCAGUUAUUAAAAAUAAGUUAUUAAAACUAUUGUUUAGAAAUGUGUUGAAAAAAAUCUUUCCGUUAAACAAAAAUUGGGGAAGAAAAAUAAAAUAAUUAGGAUUGAACAGGAGUGCUAAUAAUCCUGAAUUCAAAUGUGUGUACUGUACACGCACGCACACAUAUAUAAUUUGUUGUUCAACAGCUCCCUCCUAUGGCCAUCAAUAAUUAUACCACAAACGUAUCAGCGACUGACAACACUUUCCACCAAUGAAAAGAAAGAUCGUCACCGCCAACGACGAAUCUAAACCAAUAGGAACCGCCCGAUCUGAAAAUAGGCGGACCGUCAGCCAUUUGCGUCCACGAACGUUCUCUUUGGAAGAGAAGUCGAUUCCAGAAGCCAUUACGCUGCGCAAUAGUGUUGGGACAAAAACGUACUAUUUUUACGUAUUCUACGCAAUUUCCCCCCCUCUCCAUCCGUCAAAUUUACAACGUUAUGGCAUCUCAGGCCAAAAAGAGAAAAACGAACUUCUCCGAGAGGGAGGUGGAGAUCAUCGUGGAGGAGAUGGAAAAGCAGAAGCAUAUUUUGGUGAAUCACUUUAACGCGGGCGUCACGCACAUCGCCAAAAACAGCGCGUGGAUGGAGAUCCUGAAGCGCGUGAACGCCGUGAGCACCUGCCAGCGCGAGCUCGCCGAAGUCAAGAAGAAAUGGUCGGAUCUGAAGACGGAGGUGCGGCGGAAAGUGGCGCAGGCUCGAGCCGCCAUGGAGGGCACGGGCGACUGCACCACCGUGCCGGUGAUCCUGACCUCCAUGCAGCAGCGCAUCUGCAAUCUGCUGGGCGAAGCGACCAUCAUCAGCCUCCCGGCGGCGGACGCGGGUACGGAGAUCGCGGUGCCUAUCAGCUCCGCAGCCGCCGUCACUUUAACGCAAAGUAUUCAGCCGGCGACCGCAUCAGCGUGUGAGAUAAAAACUCUUGAAGCAGAGACGACAUAUCACACGCUGGAGGAGGGAAUGGUGGAGUAUUGCACCACUGAGACGCCAGUGACCGUAACAGCAGAGGCUCCGGUGGAGAUGCUGACCGCUCAGGCUGAAUGCUCCAACAAACCGCAGGAACUGAAGAGCAGAAUCGCCCUCAACUCGGCCAAACUGCUGCAGGAGCACCGCGUCACCAACCUGCACGUGCGGGAGAUCGCCCAGCACCUGGAGAACCAGAACGACCUGCUGCAGAUGAUCCGGCGCUCGCAGGAGGCCCAGGCCUGCGCUCAGGAGAGACAGGCUCAGGCCCUGGAGGGCACGCAGGCCGCUCUGCUGGCCCUCAUUCAGAUGUUCAGACCCGCGCUGAAGGACUUGAGGAAGUUUCUGCAGAACGCCAACAGCACAAACACUGCAGCCGCCGCCACAGCAGCAGAGACGGGGGAUGGAGCGGAGAAUGUGCCGCCGCAGACAGAAGAAGGACAAUAGAAGAGGGAGUGCGUGAGUGCAUGUGUGUGUGUGUGUGUGUGUGUGUGUGUGUGUGUGUGUUGGUUUUGGUGCACUGCAAAAAAUUAGUUUUCUUAUACUUAAAGUUUUUGUCUCACACCCAAAACAAUGACUUUUGCUACUUGUUCAAACACAAUUUAAGAUUUAUUUUGGGGACAAGUUAAUUAUUUAAUGUUGAAUCCACUUUAGUUUGUUAACUUAAUUGAUUUGUGUUGGGACAACAUGAAGGAAUAGUGUGGAAUCCUGCAUUUUUUCCAGUGCAUUUCUAGUCCAAAUAUCCACCAAUUCUUAAAUCAAGAAGCAUUGUCUAGAAAUGUACAAAACUCCUGCAUUUGGCUGCAAAAUGACUUAUUUAAAAUGAGUUGAAACAACACAAUUCUUGAGAAUAUUUGGAGGGGCAACUUAAUAUUUUAAGUUCAAUCCACUGUAAAAAAAACUAUUAAAUUAAUUAAUUUAAUUUGUUUUAGGAUAACAUAGAGCAAUCAUGUGGAGCCCUGCAUUAUUUACAGUGUACGGUGUGUUGAACAUUUAAGAGUAACGUCUGAAUGUAAAAAAACAAACAAACUACUGAUUCUGACGCAUUUUAAAAUACAUUAAAGGUUCAAUUCCAACAUCUGUAUUGAUAUAGUGACUAAGUCUUAAGAUUUAAAUGGAAAAAAUGUUGGUACCAAACUGUGAUCCAUAAAUAGUUUUUUUAACAUCAUCAAAUGUUAUGUAGACAUAACUAUAAAUAGAGAUGAAAUGUUCAAUACACUCUAAACAAUGAGUUUGCUGCUUGUUCAUUUAACAUGAGCUGAAACAACACAAUUCUUGAGAUUUCUUUUUUGGGACAACUUAAUAGUUUUAUGUUCAAUCCACUUUAAUUUGGGACAACAUGAAGGAAUUGUGUGGAAUCCUGCAUUUAUUACAGUGCAUUUCUUGUCCAAAUAUCCACCAAUUCCUAAAUCAAGAAGCAUUUUCUAGAAAUGUAGAAAGUAGCUGCAUUUGACUGCAAAAUGACUUGUGUUGUUUGUUCAGUCUUAUUUAAAAUGAGCGGAAACACAAUUUCUGAGAUUAUUCGGAGGGACAACGUCAUUGUUUUAUGUUCAAUCCACUGUAAAAAAUAACGAUUAAAUUAAUUUAUGGAAAAUUAAUAUUUAAAGUAUUUUGGUACCAAACUCUACUCCUUAAACAGUCUUUAAACAUCAUCAAAUGUUAUGUAGACAUUUUAUCACUAUAAAUAGUGAUGAAAUGUUCUAUACACUCAAAACAAUGAUUUCGCUGCUUGUUCAUUUAAAAUGAGCUGAAAUAACACAAUUCCUGAGAUUUUUUUGGGGACAACUUAAUUUUAUGUUCAAUCCACUUUAAUUU